AAUAGGUUACAUCUUACCACACAUCUCAUUGUAGUAGAUAAAUCAAGUAUUUAUCUCACAAUAAGAGCAGCGUGAACUGUUACAAGACUAAACAGAAUAUAAAAAUCUGAUUAAUAGAGAAGACAUUUUUUUUUUAUUGUGUGCGUUAUUUUAUUAGGUAGAAAACCAGAAAGAAAUCAAAAUCAUAUGGCAAAUCUGCCACAAUCUCUCUCCUUAAACGCACCAGCUUACGGCCCAGGACUCGGUGGCGCGUCGCCGGCGAACCCGCAGUCAAACACUAACGUUGACCGGAAAAUGCAGUCGGCUGAGAUUCUCGUCCUCGACCUCAGCAAUCCCGACCGCCGUGAAAACGCGCUUCUCGAACUUUCCAAGAAAAGAGAGUUGUUUACGGAUUUGGCUCCUUUGCUGUGGAAUUCUUUCGGAACUAUUGCUGCCCUUUUACAGGAGAUUGUGUCGAUAUACCAAGUGCUGUCUCCACCUUCCUUAAGUCCAGUGCAGUCAAACCGAGUCUGCAAUGCUCUUGCCCUAUUGCAGUGUGUAGCAUCUCACCCUGAUACGCGGAUGUUAUUUUUGAAUGCUCACAUUCCUUUAUAUCUGUAUCCUUUCCUCAAUACAACAAGCAAAUCCAGGCCUUUUGAGUACUUGCGACUAACUAGCCUGGGUGUCAUUGGUGCUCUGGUAAAGGUUGAUGAUACAGAAGUGAUUAGUUUCCUUCUUUCAACAGAAAUAAUUCCAUUGUGUCUUCGUACCAUGGAAAUGGGCAGUGAAUUAUCAAAAACAGUAGCUACAUUUAUAGUCCAGAAGAUUCUUCUGGACGAUGUGGGCUUGGAUUACAUAUGUACAACAGCAGAGCGCUUUUUUGCAGUUGGAAGAGUUUUAGCCAACAUGGUUGCUGCAUUGGCUGAGCAACCUUCUUCACGGCUGCUGAAACAUAUUAUUAGAUGUUACCUUCGACUUUCAGAUAAUCCAAGAGCAUGCGAUGCUCUGAGAAGCUGCUUGCCUGAUAUGUUGAGGGAUGCGACCUUUGCUAGUUGCCUUCGUGAAGAUCCAACUACAAGAAAGUGGCUUCAACAGUUGCUUCACAAUGUUGGAGGAUCCCGAGUUGCAUUUCAACCCGGAACUGGAUUUGAACAUAUGUUGGUGAACUAAGUUAAACUGGAUUUGAACAUAUGUUGAUGAACUAAGUUAGACAUAUUACAAGCUUCCUGUACUGCAGACCAAGUGAUAGCUUCAGACCUUCUGUAUGUCGUCGAAUUAAAUUAACACAUCAUUAGAAGCUUUGCCUUGUAUGCCGAAUGACAGAAAAAACAAGAAAAAGACAAUGGAAAGGCAGAAAGGAACUCGUAUUUUAUUUUAUUUUAUAGUAUUUACUCCCAAAAGAAAGCCUAGAAAUUUAAGGAUAGUUGGGUUUUAAACUAUGAUUAGCAGUUAGCCUAGGCGAGGCUUAUCAGCUUUUCCUUCAUUUUACUGAACUCGUUAUGUGGUACUUUUUAAUGAUUAGCUUUUUGUAAAUAAAUAGGAAUUCAUUUAAUUGUUGUUUAUGAUUCAGUGGUUUCAACUAUCCGUAAAGGUUUAUUGAGGACCUCAGUGGUUUCAACGUUUCUUA